AUGGCGAUCAUCUUCAUCAUCGGUAUCACUCUCUUCUUAACUCUUCGCAUCAAGAGUGAACUGCUCACUCUACUAAAACACUCCAUCUCCUACUUGUUUCGAUACGCCGGAGUUGAUUCUGAUCUCCAUGACAAGCAGUUAUGGUUGGUUGAUCUUCCAAUCAUUCGGUUCGAAGAUCUGCAAAGCCUACGCCAGAGACAUGUGGACCGGAUGUGCUUCAUCUGUUCAAAAGAUUACAAUGGUGAUGAUGUUGUCUGUCUGCUCAGCCGGUGUGGUGACGUCUUCCACGCCGAAUGUGUUGGAAAACUGCUUCAUGGAAAGGAGAAUUCAUGCCCGUAUUGCCGGACUCCGGUGUUCUCCGGGCUUUCGCAGGUGCCGUUUAGUGUUUUGUGA